AUGCCAUCGCCGAAAGAGGAAAAGGAAAGUGGAGGAAGGGAAUGGGCCACAUGGUGACAUGGGAGGGCACACUUGAUCCGGCUGCGCUUGGUGUGGUUUGCGCUUCUCUCUCCUCCUCUUCUUCUCUUCCUCCACAGCGGAAGAAGGUAGGAUACAGACCAGCCGGCGCCUGCCCACCCAAAAGCCAAAGGGAAGUCCACCCCAUCCCUCCCUCCUCCUCCUCCUUCGAUUGAUUCGUCCCCUGCACCUCAAUCGCCGGCUCCUCCCUAUCCGUCUAGGGUUUCCCCGCAUCCCGCAAUCGGAGACCACCCGUCCGCCUCCAAUGACGACCAUGAGCGAUGACGGAGACCGCACCUGCCCGCUAUGUGCCGAGGAGAUGGACAUCACUGACCAGCAGCUCAAGCCAUGCAAAUGCGGCUACGAUAUUUGUGUCUGGUGCUGGCACCACAUCAUAGAUAUGGCUGAGAAGGAGGAAACGGAGGGCCGCUGCCCUGCAUGCCGUACGCGCUAUGACAAGGAUAGGAUUGUCAAGAUGGCUGCCACUUGUGAGAGGACGGUGGCAGAGAAAAAUGCAGAGAAGAGGCAGAAGACCCAAAAGGUCAAGCCAAAGGCUGCAGCAACAGCAAAUGUGGAAGCUAAGAAUCAUCUGGCUAGUGUCAGGGUUAUCCAGAGAAACCUGGUGUACAUAAUUGGGCUACCUGCGAAUUUAUGCAAUGAGAGUGUACUUGAGCGCAGGGAAUACUUUGGUCAGUAUGGGAAAGUUCUGAAGGUUUCAGUUUCCCGUCCGACUGGGCCUCCUUCCCAGCAGGCAUCAGCAAACAACAAUAUCAGUGUGUAUAUUACUUAUGCCAAAGCAGAAGAGGCCAUCCGGUGUAUUCAAGCUGUACACAAUUUUGUCUUGGAAGGAAAAGUUUUAAGAGCAUGCUUUGGUACUACGAAGUAUUGCCAUGCAUGGCUGCGGAACAUGACAUGUGGAAAUCCGGAUUGUCUCUAUUUGCAUGACGUAGGCAAUCAGGAAGAUAGUUUCACUAAAGAUGAGAUCAUCUCAGCAUAUACGAGGACUAGGGUGCCUCAGAUGGCAUCCAGUGUUUCGCAAAGACGUUCAGGGACUGUAUUGCCUCGUCCAGCAGAUGAUUUCUCUUACAGUGCGGUGGUUUCAGCCAGGCACACAGUCAAGAAUGGAACACUCAAUACCACCAACCAGCCCAGACUUUCACCUCCAAAGAGUAUUUCUGGGAGGUCCACGCUUCCACCAGCUGCUUCGUGGGGGCAUCGUGACUUGAAUGCCAGGACAACAGGUACUGGGGUGACAUCAUCAGAGUCUCUUACAAAAUCAAAAUCAGAGCCACAAAGUAAUUCAUUUUCAAUUACAAUAAUACCUUCUUCAUGGAAUGAUGAAACAAGUACAUUACCAAACAUGUCUGAAGGACGUCAUGUGUCAGAACAAGAUAGUGCAUGUAAAACCGUAAAGCCAUAUAAGCCUGGUAUUGCAAAGGAAACACAAGCUCUAUCGUCAGUGGAGUCGCUGGACAUAGACUUCUCCACAAUACCUUCAGCUUGGAAUGAUGAUGACAUUGUAGUAUCAGAUGGGAUGUCAAAAGGAAGCGAGGAAAAUCAAGUUGUGAAUGGAAAUGGAAAGCUAACCCAUCUAGCGACUAAUUCACCAAUAUCACCUAAGCAAGACACAACAGUAAACAGUACCAGCAAAAGUCCUUCAGAUUUUGUAUCAAGCCUAGCAAUAUCUAAAUCAGAUGGAAAGACUGGCGAUGGUGACCACCCAGUUGCUAAUGGUGCUCCUAAAAGCUCUAUUUCAAAAGAUGUAAACUGCCAAUCUAAUCAUGCUGCCAGCAAGAAAAUAUUGGAGGAUACUGGACCUAGGGACACUGAUGUUGGGAAGCUAUCUGUUUGGAUAUCUUCAGUAGCAUUAGAUGGCAAAGAUGAGGUUCAGAGUAUGGCAGGAAAUCAACAGCCAGAUGCAGUGCCAUGCACUUCUGUUGCAGUGUCCAUGGAUCAGAAUUUUGACAAGGACCAAUCUCAUUUGAAGCUUUCUGAGCUCCUGCCUUCAGAAAAUAAGGACACUGUUCUUUCUUGUCUAUAUAGUUCUGAUAAGCAUCUUGAUUGGAGUUCAGAGCUGCAAAGUUGUAGUGUGACUCCUUUAAAUGAUUUAGUAAAUACUCCAAUGAACACUGACAAAAAUCAUAUUACGCUGCUGGAUGGUUCAGAACAACCAUCAUAUUCAUCAUUUUCUAAUACAUCACAUACUUCAUUGUGGAAUGAUAAAGAAAGUAACCCUACAUUGACAAUUGGCAGUAGAACUUCCUCAAUGAUGCAGACUGGGUUGUCUUCAACCGACAACACUUAUGCCUUGUUAAAUGGAGGUCAAGAUGGGCUAGGAACUGUAUAUACACUUGGUAAUAUUUCUGGACAUCCUGGAAUGGAAAGUCAUCAGCCUGGAGCAAUUGGUUCAGUAAGAGCUGAUAGCUUAGGAAGUUUUGACAAGACCGUAAGCAUAAAUGAGGAUGAGAGCAGAAUAAUUUCUGAUAUCUUGUCGUCAGAGUUUAAUCCGUGGGAUGAUUCGUGCUCGACUGCUAACAAUUUUGUUAGGAUGCUCAGAGAAUCUGAAAGUAAUGAUGUGCCUUUCACUGUGCCUUCAUGGAAAUCAGGAACCAGCAGCAAAGAGUCUAGAUUUUCAUUUGCUAGACAGGAUAACCAAGGAAACUUCUUAGAUUCAUCUUUCAGAAACUGUGAUAGUGAGCAGAAUUUCAGUUUGCUAUCCCAGAAUUCUUGUGGAAAUGUUUAUCAGAAUGGUCUUGCACUCCAAUCCCUAGAAAAUGAUUUUUCAAACAGCAACUCUCUUGCUAUGUCGGAUAUGGCAACUACUGGCACAUCAAGGUCUAAAAUAUCUGCACCUCCUGGAUUUUCAGCAACAGCAAGAGUCCCCCCUCCUGGAUUUUCUUCUGGAUUUCCAUCCCAGGAUGGUUUGAAUCCCCCUCCUGGGUUUUCUUCUGGAAUUUCUUCUCUGGAUGGGUCUAUUCCCGCUCCUAGAUUCCCUUCUGCAUUUUCUUCUGGAAUUUCAUCUCAGGAAGGGUCCAAUCCCCCAUCUAGAUUCCCUUCUGCAUUUUCUUCUGGAAUUUCAUCUCAGGAAGGGUCUAAUCCCCCAUCUAGAUUCCAUUCUGCAUUUUCUUCUGGAAUUUCAUCUCAGGAAGGGUCUAAUCCCCUUUCUGGAUUCCCUCCUGCAUUUUCUUCUGGAUUUUCAUCUCAGAAUGGGCCUAAUCCCCCUUCUAGAUUCCCUCCUGCAUUUUCUUCUGGAUUUUCAUCACAGGACGGGCCUAACCACCCUUCUAGAUUCCCUCCUACAUUUUCUUCUGGAUUUUCAUCACAAGACAGGUCUAAUCAGGUGUAUGGCUCAACACUCCCAGAAAGUUGUUUCCGUGAUAAUCUUUUGGGUGGCAACACUAAUCAUUAUCAACCUCAGUUAGCGAGACACACAAGUGACAUGGAAUUUAUUGAUCCUGCUAUAUUGGCUGUGGGCAAAGGGCGGAUGCCUGGAAUUGGCGAGUCCGUGCUGGAGAUGAAAAAUACCCCUGCUUUUCCAGCACACUUGCAAGCAUCAAAUAAUGAUCCAAGGAUUCAGUUACUUAUGCAACAGAACAUGCAGUCUCAUCAAAAUGCGAGAUUCACAGACCAUAGUCAAGAUGCAUUCAACGCUAUGAAUGAUAAUUAUCUGGCAUCCCGGCUUUUACCACAGAAUCAUGGUUCUCUGUCCCCUUAUGCACAGAUGGGCCCCCAACAAGCUAGAAACUCACAGUUUACAAAUGGUCAAUGGGAUGGCUGGAGUGAUUUGAGACAAGGGAAUAACGCACCCAUGUCAGACAUGCUGAGGAUGUUAUAUCCAAGUGAAGCGAACAACUUGCACAUGCUGGGUUCAAAUGAUCUUUAUAACAGAGCCUUUGGAAUGUGAUUGUCCUAGGAGAUGCGACUUUGACUUGUCCUCAUCUAACUUGAGCGUUUCUCUAGUUCUGAAAGUAACAGAGUGCAUAGUAUACCUCAGCUGGAUAAUGGUGCAGUGCGAAUGAGCUUGCACAUGAGUGUUUAUUGGGAUGAGUGGAUUCAAACUGCUGACCAGCAUGAACCCGAGUUUUUGUCCAGCCCUUCCAAAUACCAGGUUCCCUUUUAUGUGAAGUAAUAGAAAAGGAUGCGUCCAGAACAGAACAGGUGGGCGUUGAAGUGCAUAUGUACAUGUGGUUUGUGAGGGAAGGAGGCUGGCUUGACAAGAUUGAAUCAAAUGUGUAACAUCUGGGUUUCUUUCGUGGUCCAUAACCUACCUAGCUGGGGUCGUGGGUUUCUUUCGUCUGUCCCUUGUUUGUACACGUUGAUGUGUGUUAGUCUGUAACUUGGUGGUGAUUGCUUCUUUUGUUUGUUGGUGCACAGAAGCUUGUUAAACAAAUGGCUGGCUAGUAUAUGCGUGUUGAGUUGAGUACUAUAUCAAAGAAGGUUAAUAAUGAGACCACACAUUUCGGAUGCUA